AUGAGUGGGCUACGGGGCGCCAGGACCCGGCCAGGCCUGGGAGAGACCUCCGACCUGAAGUACCCGCUGGGCACCAGGCUCAGGGAACCUCUCACUGAGGUUCGGUUCCAGCAGCUUUUCGGGGGCGCAGAGCAGGAACCCGAGCUCCCGGCAGAGUCCUUCUGGCCCAGGCUCUGGAGGCUUCGGGCCCGCGCUUGCUCCAGGCGGGGGGCGUGGCGCCUGCUGCAGGCGCGGCUGCCCCCGCUGCGCUGGCUGCCCUCGUACCGCUGGCGGGCCUGGCUGCUCGGGGAUGCCGUGGCCGGAGUGACCGUGGGCGUCGUGCACGUGCCCCAGGGCAUGGCCUUUGCCCUCCUGACCUCCGUGCCCCCAGUGUUCGGACUCUACACAUCUUUCUUCCCCGUCCUUAUCUACAGCUUGCUGGGCACUGGGAGACAUCUGUCCACGGGAACCUUUGCGGUCCUCAGCCUCAUGACCGGCUCGGUGGUAGAGCGGCUGGUGCCCGAACCCCUUGCGGGGAACCUGAGCGAGAUCGAGCGGGAGCAGCUGGACGCCCAGAGAGUUGGGGCGGCCGCGGCAUUGGCCUUCGGGAGCGGGGCGCUGAUGCUGGCGAUGUUCGCGCUGCAGCUCGGCGUCCUGGCCACCUUUCUGUCCGAGCCUGUGGUCAAGGCGCUGACCAGCGGGGCCGCGAUGCACGUGCUCGUGUCCCAGCUGCCGAGCCUUUUGGGGUUGUCCCUCCCCCGCCAGAUCGGCUGCUUCUCUCUCUUCAAGACGCUGGCCGCCGUGCUGAUGGCGCUGCCCCGGAGCAGUCCGGCCGAACUGACCAUCUCGGCGCUCAGCCUGGCGUUGCUGGUACCGGUGAAGGAAUUGAACGUGAGGUUCCGAGACAGGCUGCCCACCCCGAUCCCAGGGGAAGUCGUCAUGGUGCUUCUGGCCACCGUGCUCUGUUUCACCUCCUCCCUGGACACAAGAUACAACGUUCAGAUAGUGGGGCUGCUGCCCGAAGGGGUGAGAGACUGAUUUCCCCAGCCCCUCUUCCCCAACCUGGCUGAGCUGCCUGGGACUCUGGCCAACUCGCUGCCCAUUGCACUGGUUACUUUUGCCGUGUCCGCCUCCCUGGCCUCCAUCUAUGCAGACAAGUAUUGUUACACCAUUGACUCCAACCAGGAGCUCUUGGCGCAUGGUGUCUCCAACCUCAUUUCCUCCCUCUUCUCUUGCUUCCCCAACUCUGCCACGCUGGCCACGACCAGCCUUCUCGUGGAUGCUGGUGGGAAUACACAGCUGGCAGGCCUCUUCUCCUGCACAGUGGUCCUGUCCGUGCUGCUGUGGCUCGGGCCCUUCUUCUACUACCUGCCCAAGGCUGUCCUGGCUUGCAUCAACAUCUCCAGCAUGCGCCAGAUGUUCUUCCAGAUGCACGAACUGCCCCAACUCUGGCGCAUCAGCCGUGUGGACUUUGCUGUGUGGAUGGUCACAUGGGUGGCUGUGGUGACCCUGAGCCUGGAGUUGGGUCUGGCCGUGGGUGUGGUCUUCUCUAUGAUGACCGUGGUCUGCCGUACUCAGAGGGUGCAGUGCCUGGCACUUGGACACGCUGCGGGGACUGAGCUCUACAGGCCGCUCAGAGACAGCCACGAGCUCCUGCAGGUGCCUGGGCUCUGCAUCCUGAGCUGCCCAAUGCCUCUCUACUUUGGGACCCGCGGGCAGUUCCGUCGCAGCCUAGAGUGUCACCUGGGGCUUGGAGAAAGAGGCAAGGACACUCCAAAGCCAGAAGGCCCACCUGACACAGUUGCUGAGCCUGUCAGAGUGGCAAUCCUAGACUUCAGUGGUGUGACCUUUGCAGAUGCUGCUGGGGCCAGGGAGGUGGCACAGCUAGCCUGCCGAUGCCAAGACGCUGGGAUCCAUCUCCUGCUGGCUCAGUGUAAUGCCUCAGUGCUGGGGACACUGACCCGGGCAGGCCUCCUGGACACAGUGACCCCAGAGCAGCUGUUUGUCAGUGUCCAGGAUGCAGCCGCUCAUGCCUUGGAGAGACUGGAGCUCACUGGCCCCAAGAUUUGCACAGUGUGGCUCUGAUGGUUCCUGGGGUGCAGAGGGCCCCGUCUGUGGGUGAGAAGGCCGUGGCUGGCCCAUGAGUCCCCUUGCUUGGUGUGAUGAAUAAAAUGAAGUCGCGUGCC